AUGAGAAAACAUGAAGCAGAUCGAUUGGAUCGAGUCGCCUUGUACUUUUUAUUGGGAGCAGCUCUGAUGAAUUUGAUAGUUUUUCCGUUUCACCAUAAUUUUUUAAUCCCCGCCGAUCUCUAUACUCAUUUCCCCGCUUUAAUUCAUCCAUUUAGAGAAUAUUUUCCAAGAUCCCGUAACGUUAACAAACUGACACGUGGCAUUGAGAACUCUGCUUCCACUUAUAAUUUACCAAAGACUGGACAACUUUUAUGUUUUGUGGAGACCUCUGAAAAAUAUUACAAGGAUCGUGUGCCAUCGGUAGCCGCCACGUGGCUCUCCAGAUGUGACAAUGGGCGGUUCUUCUCGAAAACCCCACUGCCUGACCCUAAAAUGCCAUUUACCACGGUUUAUCGGAAUCUGGAAGACUCGUAUUACGACUUGUUCCGGAAGACACUUCUCGGGUUUUACUACUCUUAUGCUUAUAUUUCAAAGGAUUUCGAUUGGUAUCUGAAGGCGGAUGAUGAUAACUAUUUUGCGAUGGAUCAUUUGAAAGAGUACUUGGAUACACUGGAUGCGACGGAGCCCCUGUUUUUAGGGUAUAGGAUGAAACCUUUUUUGGAAGGCGGUUACAACUCUGGCGGUUCCGGAUACAUCCUCUCCAACGCCGCCGUCCGCUUAUUCGUAGAGCACCUCUAUCACGACGAGCAACUCUGUCCAUACGACUGGGCGGAGGACCGUGGGAUGGCACGGUGUCUUGCUUCAAUGGGGAUUCUUCCAGCAGAUACUAGAGAUUCAAAUGGGCUCCAUCGAUUUGUGCCGUUUAGACCGAGUGAGAUGAGAGAGGUGCCAGCAGGCUAUCAUUACUAUCCGUUGAGGUUUUUGAUUCUCUUGGUCUCUAUUAUAGCAGCUUAUUCUUUGUUUCAAAUCCCGCUUGAAAAAGUUGAAUCCCUGAGAUUCAAGCUUAUGAGAGAAGGGAAAUGGAAGGACUACAAGGAGUUCAAAAACAGAAUUCGAAGCCUUUCCGCCGCCUAUUCCGGUAGCCUUUUCGAUUAUGAAACCGCUGGAUACGUUGGGAAAAUUACCGUGGGCACACCCCAACAAGAAUUUCGGGUGGUGAUGGAUACUGGGUCGUCGAACUUCUGGAUCCCAGAUUCUACAUGUGGAAUGGAGCCGUUGUCGUGUGGAAGACCGGUGUCUGGAGAUGCUACUUGUUAUGGGAGUUACUGUGUCCCCGGCGGUCCAAACACCACAGCCUCUUGCACUACUCAAAACAAGUUCGAUUCCUCCAAAUCUACUUCUUAUGUGAAAUUUGGGAACUCAUUCCGUUUUGAUUACGGCGUGGACAAUGCCAAUGGCUUGUUGGGCUAUGACACGGUUCGCUUCGGAGGGAUGUCUGAUAACCAGCUGGUGGUACCUGGUGUUACUGUAGCGCAAGCAGUAUGCUUUCCAACGUUUUUUGAGCAGACCAAUAUCGAUGGUAUCAUGGGAUUGGGUUUCCAAUGGAACGCUCAACAAGAUAUAGUGCCACCCUUUGUCAAUGCUUAUGAAAAUAAUAUCGUAGCCCCUGUAUUCCAUGUGUACCUCGAGAAGGGUCCUAAUGGCGCCGGACAAAUCACGUAUGGAGGACGUGACACCACGAAUUGUAAAGUGGUCAAUGAAUACCACCCGAUGACUACAUACGCCGCUUAUCAGUUUUAUCUGACACUGGUCUCCGCUGGCAAAUACUACUCUAGUAAAGGAUGGACUGCCUUGGCGGACACCGCAAACUCAUUCAUCACCGGACCCGCUGGAGUUAUCGCAGGGAUCGCUGAUGCAGUGGGUGCUAAAUGGGACACCUACACGGACACCUACUGGAUACCUUGCGAGCCGAAGGUCACAACUCAAAUGGUGAAUUUCACGAUUGGUGGGACGAUCUACCCGGUGACUGCUGAAAAUCUUAUUGUGCCUUAUCCCAACAAAACUGGAUAUAUCUGCAUGUUCGCUAUCCUUCCACUGUCGAAUAAUGGGUUCGGACCGUCUUGGGUUCUUGGAGACCCGUUCCAUCGGGAAUAUUGCUCGUUGUAUGAUAUGGGAAGGCAGAGAAUGGGAUUCUCGGCUCAUAUGAAUUGA